CGCGACACUUCUGUCACUGUGACCGGCAACACAAUGUCACAAACUGAGGAGACCAGACUGUUGAUCCCUAAAGCAGACGAGCCUGUAUCUCACCAAUGGAAAGGAAUGCCGAUUUCGAAGCUAAUGGAUUACUCAAAUGACCCAUUCUGGGUGAGACUUCGGUGUUUCUGCUUCGUCUUCUUCUGGUUCACGUUUGUUGCGCUGUCUGCAACUGCGGUCGUCCUCAUAGUCACUGCACCUCGAUGCCGUAAGAUGGAAUGGUGGCAGGAGGGACCCAUGUACGGAAUAUUCGCCCAUGACUUCCGGAAUGACGGCGUCUCCAAUGCUGAUGGCAUAGCAGGCAUUGAAUCCAAAUUGGAUUACAUCGCGGAGCUCGGAGCUAAGACCAUUUGGCUCUCUCCGAUAUACAAGUCUCCCAUGAAGGAUUUUGGCUAUGAUAUUGAAGACUUCAAGAACGUGGAUGAAAGUUUCGGUAGCUUACAAGACUUCAAGGGCUUGGUGCGGGCGAUGAGAAUUAGAGGUUUGAAGCUGGUAAUGGACCUGGUUCCUAACCACUCCAGUGAUCAACACGUCUGGUUCCAGAAGUCGGUAGCUAAGGAGGAACCUUUCACUGACUACUAUGUCUGGGCUCCUGCCAAGGGAUAUGAAGACGGGAAACCGAUUCCACCAAACAACUGGCUGAGCGUGGUUGGGGGAUCGGCGUGGGAGUGGCACGCGGAUAGGAAAGAGUUCUACUUGCACCAGUUCGCCAAGGAGCAGCCCGAUCUCAACUUCCGGAACCCUGCUGUCAAAGAGGAGAUGCUGGACGUCAUGAGGUUCUGGCUGGAGCUGGGGAUAGACGGGUUCCGCGUGGACGCCAUGCCUCACUUGUUCGAGGACGAGACGUUGAGAGACGAGCCGAGUGCCAAUGAGACCGCCCUGCAGCAAGGGGACUACCGCGAGCUGCAGCAUGUGCACACCCACAGCCUCCCAGAAGUGCUGGGCGUCAUGGCUGAGUUCAGGAGGACGCUAGACGAGUAUUCGGAGCGAACUGACAAAGUGCGCAGGCUCAUUAUGGCUGAAGUGUAUGAUUCAGUCGAAAAGACAAUGGAAUAUUACGACGGUCACAAAGUUCCAGCGGCAGAUUUCCCCUUCAAUUUCUAUCUCAUGACCAACAUCCGGAGAGAAUCUUCUGCUUACGACAUUAAGAACACCUUAGAAGUGUGGAAGAACAGCCUGCCAGAAACGCAAUGGGCAAACUGGAUUCUGGGGAACCGUGACCACUGGCGAGUGGUGUCGCGGCUCGGAGACGAUUUGCUGGACUGUGUGAACAUGAUCCUGCUGAUGCUGCCCGGUACAGCCGUCACGCACAGCGGCGAGGAACUCGGCGUUGAGAGCACGCUAGCUCCUUGGGACCCGUCGGGACCGGAGCAUUCCAGUGAGUCAGGCGCAGACGAGACGUGGGUCCCACUCCGCCCAGACUUCCAGACGCCACGGAAGCCGAGUCACCUUCACAUUUACAAGACUCUGGUACGAGCACGCAAUGAUCUGUCCGUCAUCGACGGUGACCUGAACAUGAGGGUUCUAAGUGAUUCGGUGUUCGCCUUCACCAGGUCGCGAGAGAAAAGCAGGAGCUAUGUGGUGGCUGUCAACUGGGGCAACAGCUCAGUGACAGUGAAUCUCGGAGAGUUCGGUGAAAUUCCAGAAGUCGCUGAGGUCUAUGUUACAAACGUCAACUUCAGUGACUCCUUGUCAAAGACAGUCUCAACAAGUUCCAUCACACUUCAAGCAAGAGAGGGAGUCGUUCUUUCAUACGUACCACAGAUUACGGGCUGAUCUGCAGAACUGAAACACAUUAAUUUAUCAUAUCGCAAUAAAAAUCUCCUAUUUAUUUCUCAA